AUGCGUUACGCAGCGGCAUACGUUCUUGCAGCACUUGCUGGAAAUACCAAUCCCGAUGUUUCAUCAAUCUCAAAAAUUCUUGCUAGUGUCGGUAUCGAUUGUGACAAUGCAAAAGCACAAAAAGUAGUCGAUGCAUUGAAAGGAAAAAGUCUUGAUAAAAUUAUCGAAGAAGGUACCAAAAAAUUAACCAAUUUACCAGUUGGUGGUGGUGCUGCAGCAGCUAGUGCAGCCCCAGCAGCAGCAGCUGAUAAGAAAGGAGCUGCCAAAGAAGCACCAAAGAAAGAAGAAAAGAAAAAAGAAGAAUCCGAAGAAGAAGAUGGAGAUAUGGGAUUUGGUUUAUUCGAUUAG